AUGCCUGAAAGUAAUAUUUUAGAUAUUGAAACAAAUUAUACUACAGAUUCGAAAAUUAAUAAAGUUGAAUAUCAUUCAUAUAUUCCGUAUACUAACUCCUUUAAUAAUAAUGAUGAAAUACAAAUCGGGGUUCAACAAACUGAUGUUUAUCCUUACCUACAUGAAAGUUUCCUUUUUAUUGAGGGAAAAAUAACAGAUCCAACAACGGUGAAAUUGUCCAAUAACGGUUUAUCGUUUCUUUUUGAUCAGGUUAGAUUAGAAAUUAACGGCGUAGAAGUCGAUGGAACUCGAGUUUUAGGAAUAACUAGUUCAUUAAAAGGAUAUUUAACAUGUACGUUAAACAAUUAUCAUUGCUAUCAGAAUGCUGGUUGGGAUUUGAACAAUAAAAGUAUUGUUAAUGAAGCAGGAGAAUUCAGU